AUGGCCAACAGUCUCCCCUUCUGCACGAAUAGCCCCGCGAAGCAGCGUGUCGAUGCCUCGAUGCGCGUGUUCCAGCUGCGACACUGCGUCGUAAUGACCGUGGCCGUUUUCAUACGACCAAAUAGUCCGCUUCAGCGUGGCCGCACAGUGCACGAGAUGCUGCCGACUGGUGGUCCAGACCCUCUCCGUCAUGUCUCUCGCCUCGUCGGCCGCGACGCGGUCGAGGUCGAGACCGCUCGUGCCCUGCUGUUUCGCUUCUUCAGGAGCAGUCAGCAUUCGGAUGAUGCUCGUCACUUCAUCUAG